CGCCUAGAAGUUCCGGUCGGCUACCUAAUUUACCCGGGAAAAUAGCGAGAGCAAACCUGAAUGCUUUAGUCCGCAGCGACCAAUACACCUCAUAUUCCGACCUUACACGACCCCAUCUCCAUCAAUUGAGCCGUAUAUCGCGAUCAAUUGGGCCACCGUUGGCAGAGGCUCUUUCUCUACGUCCUAUCCCUCAGUCACGAUGUUGUCACGAGCCGCCAGACCAGCUCUUCGAGCAGCCGCCGCAGCUAAUGCUCGGUAAGUUUCUCUCCUCCCUCAGUUCCGUCUCCCCUUGAGUAUCCAGUGGCUCUCUCUCGGCUGUCGGGAAGUCCAAGAAUUUGUUUGCCGGUUGAGCACUUCAACCCUCGACCAUCGGCCACAUCAUCACAAGUACAUACGCCCGCCCAAUAUCGACCGAGUUGCAAUAAAAUUAUGAGAGGCAAUUGAAUGCUCUGAGGGGAAUAUCUCAACAUCAUCAUCACCAAUAAUCGUCCGAAAAAAACAAAAGAGAAGGAAAAUGCUGAUGACGUCCUUUUUCGCGCUUCCAGGGCCGCUGCCGUCCCCAGCUCCGCUGCCACCUAUGCGACUCUCCGUGAGAUCGAGGACCGUCUCAAGUCCAUCCGAAACAUCGAGAAGAUCACAAACACCAUGAAGAUUGUCGCCUCCACCAAGCUCACCCGAGCCCAGCGCGCCAUGAACGACUCUCGCAAGUACGGUCAGACCUCUAAUGAGGUCUACGAGUCCGCUGAGACCAAGGCCCUCGAGACUGAGGACAAGAAGACCCUCAUCAUCGUCUGCUCUUCCGACAAGGGUCUCUGCGGUGGUAUUCACUCUGGUCUGUCCCGAUAUGUCCGCCGACUUCACGCCGAGCAGCCUGGCUUCGACCUCGUCCUCAUUGGUGAGAAGGCCAAGGCUCAGCUCUCACGAACCAACGCCUCAGCUAUCCAGCUGAGCUUCGCUGGUAUUGGCAAGGAUGUUCCCACCUUUGCCGACGCCCAGGCCAUUGCCGACCAGGUUAUUCAGCUUCCUACUGAGUACACCGACAUCAAGAUUCUGUACAACAGCUUCGUUAACGCUCAGACCUACGAGGCUUCCAUGAUUGAGGCAUUUUCCGAGGAGGCUAUCCAGCAGUCCCCCAACUUCUCUGCCUUCGAGGUUGACGAGGAGGUUCUUGGCAACCUCCGCGAGUACAGUCUUGCCAACUCCCUCUACUGGGCUCUUGCUGAGGGCCACGCCUGCGAGCAGUCUGCCCGACGAAACGCUAUGGACAACGCCUCUAAGAACGCUGGUGAGAUGAUCAACAAGUACCAGAUUCUCUUCAACCGUACUCGACAGGCCGUCAUUACCGGAGAACUGGUUGAGAUUAUCACUGGUGCUACUGCCUCUGCGGACAUGUAAGGAGUGGGAGAACAAGAUGGGGUGUAAUGCUUCCCUUUGUAACAAAUGUCAUCGGGCUACCAUCCAUGUAUGGUUUCCCCCAUUGUAUCAAAGCCUUCAAUAAAUUCCUUAGUAGCCCAUGCAGUCAAUGUACGGCAGUCCAAAAAAAAAACACAGAACAAACACUGCCUCUCGAUGGCUGUUAGCGGAAGUAAGGAUUUCGAUGGUAAAAAACUUAGAUAAAUUCAAGUAUAAGUUAUAAGUCAACCCCCCUCAUCUGAAAACGCCGAACACCGAUACCAUUAUAUUUUGAGAACGAUCAACAACCAAAACGAAGUAAUCUCUCAAGUGUAGUCACAGAAACCAGAAACGCCAUCAACACCCAAUCGAGAGGGUAUGGAAUGCGUCGAAACAAAUCUCAGAACCCAAUGUCACUGUCCUCCGCAUAACUGAUGUGUCUCGUCCUGCGAUGUUUGCUGGAACUCUCGUGAGGAACCUCUGCUAUCUUGGCGGUACCAAAGGGAUUCUCUUUCUCGUAAGCUGUUCGCAGCGCAGCGGCCUCCUGAUCCCAUCGUUCGGUGGCCCGGGUCCAUGCCUGAACAGCUUCAGCGUACCCGCGCUUUUGCUCCGUUGCCUGGUCUUCAUAUGGCUUGCGUUCCUCAGACGAAGCGUCCUUCCACAUCUUACUAGUCAUGAUCCGGACUUCGUUGGGGACAGCACGCCCACCUUUGCCUGGUUUCCGAUUCUCCUCACACUUCUUCCUCGCAACGUCGAAUAGAUCUUUGCUAUAAAGUAUAUACGCAUUACCCGCAACUUUAGCCGGACGAGAGGGUCGGUCCCCGAGUUUCGAUUGUAUAUAGGUCUGAAUCUCGUUUUCAUAGGCCUGGAGUCGUGCUGGUUGCUGAUCUUGGGCAGGCUCCUUACGCUUGCGCAGCAGCACAGAAUCUCGAGGCAGAAUCAACGGUGUCGGGACCUCAAUGGGGCCGAUCAAGGUCUCCAACACUUCAGAAGCUGCCCUUAGACCGGACAGAUACGCCCCAUGAACCGUGGCUGGGUGCGUACCAAUGGUGUGUUCACCAGCAAAGAAGAGGUUUCCGACAGGUCUGGCCAUGACAUCGUAGUCUUCCGGCUGCAUCCCAGGAGCAGCAGAAGAAUAACUACCUCGGGCGAAUCGAUCUGAACCCCAGCGGGUGACCAUGGCCUCUACAGGAUAGGGAACAUCCUGGCCAAAGACGCUGCGUAGUACUUCCGUUGCUUCAGCCACAAGGCUGUCGUUACUUGAAUGUUCUGUCUCAAAACCAGCCUCACCUGCCAUCAAAGCAAUGAGACAUGGAAGACCUGUUGUGUUGGAUACGUUGAACCAUUGAAAGAAGCGACCACGAUUCGCGGCAUAGUCUUUUUGUGAGGUACUAAGCCGGUUUGAAGACUCCCUCAAGACGCCGAAGAUAUGUCUGUCAUGGUCCCAGAAAAUCUUAUCGUACACUAGAACAACCUUGUUCAGAAUGCCGAAUCCAAGUCGCUCAACGACAUCAGUCUUCCAUGAUGGAAGAGGUGGGUUGAAGACGAUAUUGUUCUGUUUUAAAACACCGAGCGGAAUAGUGCAAACCACGGCAUCAGCAUCCACUACUGAGCCGUCUUCGCAUUCAAUCGCAGCUGACGCCAUGCCCUCUCCAGUAUGGUAGGAUAUGCUCUUGACCGGGAAUUUAGUCUUGAGGUCAAGUGAGCUCGGGCAGUGAACCAAGCCACGAGCCACACUUUGGUAACCGCCCACGACCAUUGUAUGGCUUCCCUCCCAUUCAUUGCCUGCAUCAAUGUCCCACAAUGGGAGGCUCAGGUUGUGUAAGCUUGUAGCGUUACUGUACUCCAAAUUGGCAAUGUGCCAGUUGAUCAGUCGGUGAUCCUGGGCAUUCAGCCCAAUGAUUUGUUUGUACUGGGAAAUGGCGUUAUCAAGAACAGAUCCCAAGGUUGCCCCCUCUUCAUUCACUGCCGAUGUUAAAUCGAUGUUCUCUCCGUCGGCUGAGUCUCGUAUUGUCCAGCCCAUCAAUUUUGCUUUGUCGGAGGCUUUAGUAGUCGCGGGAGUGCCAGGCUCCAUAUGAACCCGACCCGUGAGCUUGUCUGACGAUAUUGGUAUCAGGUUGACCUUUGCUGGGAUGUUCUGUUGUGCCACUGGUGGUGCAUCUUGCUGUGCAGCAGCAGCCUCUUCUUCCUGAAACAUUGUCUUGCUACCGUCUCCAGGACUAUCACGCCCCUCUUCGAUGAGGUCUCGUCUACCUUCAAUAAGCUUUGCAAGUUGAUUCUUAUGCUUGUAUUCACUGACUCGGUCUAAACAGUCAUUGUAAAGUUUUUCAACGAGCUGAUCGCGCACAGGGUCAACUGCUCUUCCACUGUUGUCGUAGAUUGUAGUAUCGGCUGUCAGUGCAUGAUAAGGAAGUCCCAAUUGUCCACGAAGCAGGAUGUUAAUAGGGUUUCCCCGGUCGAACCCAGUGAUGAUCAUGCCGCCCAUUUCCGCAGUGUGUCGCUUGCCUUCAAAAGCUGGUGAUUUUUCUUUUGGUUUGGUCUGGAACUCGCGAGAGUAUACUCUUCCUCCAACGCGGGCUCGUCCUUCCAGCACAACCACUCGAGGCGCAGGCUCGCCUCGUUCAUGGAAGCGAUCAGCAAAUUGCCUGAACAACCCCUCAAGCUGUCUAGCGCAGCCCAGUCCGGAGAUACCAGCACCUAUGACAGCGAUUGUCUUUUGUCUCUUGACAACCGGCGCAACAGUAUCGUCUGUCUCAGCUUCGGAGAGUCGCACACAUCCGUAGUUGAUAUAGCCUCGACGAACAAGCCAAUCAUAGCAAACACUCGCUGCAUCGAACCAGCGAGCGUUGGCACACCCAACCGCUUCUAGCCGGGUCACACCGAUCCAAGGGUGUUGGAACCAUAACCGUAUGAUACCAUUUCUAAUAUUGAGAUAUGUUGUAACUUGCGUAUAAGAUAUGUGAUGACGGAGGAGGUGAUAUUCCUCCGGAUGUAAAGCGUAUGGGUUGAGCCGGCUUGACUCGGCGGCCGAAACACAUUCUGACGCAUAUUGGUAUGCUGACAUAUCAGUUGGUACCGAAGCCUUCGGUCUGAUGUUGAAGUUAUAGCGUUCGGCAUCAUGAGAAGGCGAUUGUUGAUGGGACAGUGGCUGCUCGUCGAUUGAAAGGUCUUGGUCUUGGUCUUCUUCUUGUGCACCAUCAGUAUCGACUGGCGUAGGGGUAGUAGCCUUACUCGACACCGUCGAAGGUAUCGAUGAGAGGUCUGAUAGUUCUGUGAGAUUCGAGGGAAGAGAGCCUAUGGCGUCCUCUAUAGUAGAUACCCGAAAUGGCGUUGGGUCAUCGUCGUUUUGAGGAGGCUCCUCCCUGCGCACAGUUAGAAACUGUUGGGUUUGAAAGGCUCUGUCGAGUCAUUGAGCACGUAAAGUUGAGGCAUUAGACCAC